AACAAGAUCAAUAAACCUCCUCAAGACAAGCAUAACGGUUGGUCUUUUCCGCAAGACACUGACAGUUCCUGCUCUGAUGAGUCACUCUCUAGCGACAAAGAAAACACAGAAGAUAUUGGGUACAUGAGUGACGACGUCUCAUGUACUCUUGACAUAAACUACACUGGCUCAACACACGUGAACUCCGAGUCUUCAGACUCAGAUUCUUCAGACGAUAACAACUCCGUUCACGCCUUUCCUUCUACUCAAGGGAGAGAUGACAAUAGUACUUCUCCAUCAAGCAUAUAUAAUAAUACAUCCCGCACCAAAGAGGAUUUUGUUACUUGGCAGCGUAUAAUCCGCCUAGACGCCGUCCGCGCCGACACAGAAUGGUUCCCAUACUCCCCAUUCCAAGCCUUAGUAUCACAAGCCAAAGCGCGUCGCGCAGCUGCAGCGGUUAGUCUAAAAGACUACGCCCACUUAGAACCGUGGAAGAUCUUUCACGCCGCGCGCCUCGUGGCCAUCCUCGAAGCCUACGCCUUGCACGACCCCGAGAUAGGCUACUGCCAAGGGAUGAGCGACCUUCUCUCCCCAAUACUCACAGUCAUCCCCGAAGACCACGAGGCCUUCUGGUGUUUCGUGGGGUUCAUGAAGAAGGCUCGUCAGAACUUCAGGGUCGACGAAGUUGGGAUCACGAGGCAGCUCGGCAUAGUCUCGAAGAUCAUCGAAUGCAAAGACUCGCGGCUCUACAAGCACCUUGAGAAAGUCAAGGCGGAGGAUUGUUUCUUCGUUUACAGAAUGGUGCUUGUGAUGUUUAGAAGAGAGCUGACGCUGGAGCAGACGCUGUUUCUCUGGGAAGUGAUGUGGGCGGAGCAAGCUACGGUGAGAGCUGGGGUUGGGAAGUCUUCUUGGAGCAGUAGAAUAAAGCAUCAAGCUCCUCCUACGGAUGAUCUGUUGCUGUAUGUGAUAGCAGCUUCGGUGUUGCAGAGGAGGAAAGUUAUAAUAGAGAAGUAUAAUAGCGUGGAGGAGAUAUUGGGAGAGUGUCACAGUAUGGUUGGGAAACUAGACGUGUGGAAGCUCUUGGACGAUGCACGUGACCUUAUUAUUACCCUCCGCAGUAAGAUUGAACAAUAUGACAUGGGGUCAGAAUCAAAAAUAGGCAUGUGAUUUUUUGUGGUGGUGUUUGUUUUCUCUACCUGAGUUUGUUUACUUGGAGAUAGAUUGUGGCUUGCUGUAUCUCCAUUUUCAAUUUUGCAUGUGUAACAAACAAGUUUUGUGCCGGGGGAAGAGAAUCUUUCUCCGGUAUUAUAAUAAGUGUGGAUUACAUAGUUGGUCGGCAAUAAA